UUUAUUACUAGUUUUCUCUGUGACCACAACACCACAUCUGACAUCUCUUAUUAAAGAUGGGGGAGAGGUUGCAAAGUAAAAAAACCUUUGUUUGCAAUUUUUUUGAAUGUAAAGCUACUUUCAGUAAGUCAUGGAAGCUUGAGGCUCAUCUUUGCAAACACACAGGAUUGAAACCGUUUUCCUGUGAGAACUGCAACAAGAGCUUUUGCACUCGCUAUGAGCUCACCAGACAUGAGCUCAGGCACAGUGGGGAAAAACCACACAAGUGUCUGGCUGACGGAUGCUCAGAGGCCUUUGUCACAAAUGCCAGCAUGAAGAACCACAUGGCUCGAGUUCACCAGCACCAGGAGAAGCAUUAUCAAUGUGACCAUCAGGGCUGCGGAAAGGAUUUCAAAAAAAAGAACCAGCUGAAAGCGCAUAAGUGUGAGCACCAACAGCUUUUAUUUCGUUGCACUUUCAGUGGCUGCACAAGAGAGUUUCCCUCUCAAGGAAAACUGAAGAAUCACAAGAGAGUGCAUGAAGGUUACCCUUGUGAGUACGAUUGUCCUUUUCUGGGAAAGACGUGGACAGAAUAUCAGAAGCACAGAAAAGAGCACAGAGUCAAGGUGCAAUGUGGAGAGUGCAAAAAGUUCUUUAACAACAAAUGGUUCUUGCACCAGCAUGAGCUGCGUGUCCACGGAGAGAGGAGGAAGCUGUCGUGUCCCACUGAAGGGUGCGAUAAAAAGUUUACUCGUCACUUCAACUUGGAGAGUCAUGUACUGGGAGAUCAUGAGGGCAAGAAGCUGUUCAGCUGUGCGUAUGCUGGCUGUGGGAAGAGCUUCACCAUGAAGGAAAGCCUGUGGCGACAUGGAGUGGUGCAUGACCCAGCAAAGAAAAAGCUGAAGAAACUGUACCCUAAAAAGAAUCAGCCGUGGCGUUUGGCACUGCAGGCCAGACUGGCAGCUGGAGCCAAUCAAGUGGAGACCGAAAAGCUCGCUGCAAAGCUGUGCAGCACAACGUUAAAGGACAACAAAUCUUGAGGCCGCUUGAUAUAAAUAUGUGUGGAUGUUUUCAAUGAUUGUGACACAAAUCACAUUUUUUCUGUUGAUAUACUUUUGUUUAAGCUAAUAUGGAAAUAAAGCCUCAUUAAU